UGCUGUCUCUUACGUCAUAUCUCCGCGCCUGCAAAAGCCCACAUGUAAACAUCUCACGCUUUUAAAAAAAGCGAAAGAAAGAAAGAUUUAAGUCAAAUGGCACCGCAGACAGAUCGGAAAAUGAACAGAACUACGUUUAAAGCGAAAGAUGGCAACUGGAAGAAAACAAAAGGCAACGUGCAGGAGUUCAAGAAGAAGAGGAAAUGGGUCCCGGAACACAAAGUAUUCGAAGGCAGUGUGGCAGAAGGCCAAGGGUUUGCUUUCAAGAGGAAGGAGAGAGUCAGACACGAGUACAACAAGCUGCUGCGGAAGGAGAAGAGGAGGAACCCCGAGUCCACGCCGCUGUACAAGGAGGAGUAUCCAGAACACCUCAGGCAUCUGUACUUGGCCGAAGCCAAGAAACUGAAACAGGAGGCGUGGACGAACAGGGUGAACAGGAGUAAGCUGAGACUGAGGGGGCAGGAGAGCAGAGAAGAAACGGCCGAACAUGGUGGAGGUGAUGAUGACGACGACGACGACGACGCUGCUGCUGCACAACAGACUGAAGCUGCUGAUCCGGAUGCAGAAGUUCCUGGUGGAUCUGAUUCUGUGACUGGGAACCCUGAUCCGACUGCAGCCUCAGAGAAAGAAAGUCUCCCAAUGAGCAACCGCAUGAGGAAAAAGAUACAGAAGAAGACGUCGUACCAGAAGACGAAAGAGGAGUUUGAGAAUAUGAAAGAAAAACGGAAGCAAAAGAAAGAGGAGUUCUUGAAGAACAAGCAGCAGAAGGAAGAUGCCAUUCAGAAGUACAAGCAAAAGAAGAUGGAGACGUUUCACAUGCUGUCCAAAAAGACCAAGAAGGGACAGCCGAAUCUGAACCUCCAGAUGGAGUAUUUGCUUCAGAAGAUCCAAGGGACUGAGAAAUGACUCUGAUCCUGCGGGAGUGGAUGAAGAAAGCAGUGGACACCUGCAUUUUAUUUGACUAUUUUAUUAAAAAAGCUGAAGAGGUGCAUCCAGAACAUGAUAAUCUGACACUGAUUUGCCUCACUGUUUAAUCAUCUUUGCCAAGGAGGUGAUGUGAUUGGUUUGUUUUGUCUGCUAGCAGGAUUACUCCAAAAAAUUACAGAUUUGUAUGGAAAACAGGUGAUGACAUUUUAGGGGGGGGAUCCAGGAAUUUUUUUGACGGAUUCUUCACCAUUGUGAGACAUUGUGUGCAAAAUCGAACAGCCUUGGUGGAGGUCUACGCUCUCUGAGUGCCGUCAUCUUUUGAUUUUGUAGUAUUUUGUUCCGGUCAACCUAAUAACCAUCUUCAUCUCAUUGCUGUUCCUUGGGCUCCAAGUUUUAAAACCACAUUAUCCAACUGAAGCAUCUCACACUCACUGAGGCUCAGACACUGAAAGGAGCCCCAAACUGUGAUGGAUAGAUUUUACCAGUCUGAAGGGAACUAGAUUGAUUGUCUUUGGUCGGCUCUCCUCUUUAAAGGAUAAGAUCAUUCAGCUUCUGUCUGGUUGUGUGUUUCAGGGCCACUUUCAUUGGCAACUCACAACACCCACAGACUGUAAAGGGAACAAAUUGAUGAGAACGCCAAUGCAGGGUUGUGUUACGCCGAUUUGUUUUGGUCCAAGAUGCUGCUGCUGCAACAUCUUGUGUCAAUAAAUAACAUAUAUGUAACUUUUAACCGAUAAAAGUUUGGAUUUCCUGUAAAUAAAUUUGAAAUGAUCAAUAAAUAUCCGUUUUAGUCAAAUGCCACAACCCUAAAUCAUAUUUCAGUCGUCAGCCAACAGUUAGCUAGUUUUACUUAUUUAAAACAAUUGAAAACUUUGAUGAUGCCAAGCAGCCACUUUUAAUGUCCUUAUUAAAACCCCUUUCAACAA